UCGAAUCACGUGAUCAGCCAAUGGGAGCACGAAAUAAACAAACCAAGUUGCAUUACGAAGCAAAGUGUAACGAAAGAACAGCAGGUGGAUUUUGCACGACUCUUUUCACUCUACGGACCUUUUGACCUGCGAACUCGAGAGCCGAAUUCCUUCGACGCCGUCGGUGGCCGAGGCGCCCCCGACAUGAGCGCAAAUGAACGCGCGCUCGCAGAUUUUUGAGCUGAGUGUGGAGGGCAGGCAGGUGGAAGAGGCGGUCGCCAGCAUUUUCCACACCGUGCUUUUCCACCGCUCACUCGGCAAGUUCAAGUACAAAGAGGAAGGUUCAUACUCGGUGGGCACUCUUGGCUACACCGAUGUCGACUGCGAUUUCAUAGACCUCACCUAUGUGUGCUGCUCAUCACACGAGCUGGACCGCAACCUGAAGCGCGAGAUCACCAGUUUCUCGGACGCCCUGCGCAGCCACGAUGGUCAGCGCUCGGGUCAGAUCUCGCUCGAGUUUUUCCAGCGGAAACGCAGCCGCUGGUUGUUCCAGCCUGAGUGCAUUCCAUGGGAGGUGUGGACGGUGCGGCUGGACCUGCUGGCGCUGCACUCGGAGCACGAACGGCAAGUGUGUCGCGAGCAGGUCGGUGACCUCCUCACUGACAAGAUCAUGUGCGUCGCUGAGGCCAUGAACAGGCACGAGUUCCUCCCAAAGAUGCCCACCCAAGCCGAGCUGGAUCUUGUCUUUGACACGUCCUACACGGACGUCCAACCGUACCUUUUUAAGAUUGGGUUUUCGACGAGCGGUCCAGCCAAUGCUUCAGUGAGCUCCACAAUGAAGAAGCUGAUUAAAGAGACGCUGUCUUUGUGACACUCGGCCUUCAAGUCUUUUGCUUUCCGUGUACGAAAACAGAUCUCUCUUGUAAAAAUGAUCCUGAUGACAUAUAAUAUUUAUUUCUUGUAACGAGAUGACGCUGAACAUUAAACAAAGAGAAUAACAUUAUUGUUACUUA